UUACUAGUUUGCCGCAUCAUGGCAGACAUUUUUUUUAGACUCUUUUUUGAGAGUCUCUAAAUAAAUAAAUAAAGGACCUCUAAAAGUGUGCUAAAUGGUUGUCAGAUAAUAAGUUUCCAUGAUUUUUUAUUUAUCAUUGACGGCUCUUCGUUUUGCUUUUGUAGACAUAACAUCUGCUUGCUUUGUUGCACUUUCUAGAACUAUUGCGUUGAGAUAGACAUAUUCAACAUUGGAGAGAGAGAAGAAAAGAGAAGCAACCGAGUGCAGAGGCUCGAUUACAUUUUCUGUCAAUCUUGUGCACCGUCAACCUCGAUGCUACAGAUGAUAUGAAUGUGAUUCCGCUUUGAAUUUGACAUUAAAAAAAUGUGACGUACCGUAGAUUAUCACAAAAUGGAAAGAGUUCUCGAAGAGCGUCUGAGGGAAGCAGUCUGCGUCGGUGACACCGACGCCGUGCAAGAUCUUGUGAAUUUAGGCGUCGACGUUAACGCACGACAAUCUGUCACUGGAUGGACUGCUCUACAUUGGGCAUGCAAACAAGGAUACUUGGACGUCGCUGCCUUACUUUUAAAAAAUGGUGCUGAUAAAAAUUUGCGAUCCGAGAUAGGCGAAACUCCAGCGUCUGUAUGCAGUAAUCAACAAAUCUUGUAUCUUUUGGGUAUAAGUGGCGAUAAUCAACGAAUCAUGAACGAAUCAUCCUUACAUACCGUUACAUCCACGUAUAAUCAACCAGAUUUUCUGCAUACUGCUACAAAUCUCUCGAAAAAUAGAAAUAAUACAUAUAAUGAAAAUAAAUUCAUCAUCAUGUCUCAAGAUGAAUUGAUAUUGAAAAUCCGAGUGGCUAAUACAGCGGAUCCGGAUUUCGUCGAAGUGGAAUUGCCGCGGAGCGAACUGACAUAUCAAGCUCUGUUAUAUUUGUGUUGCAAGGAGCUAGAUCUCAAUCCACAUCAGAUUCAGAAAUUACGAAAGUUGCCCAACACCAGAUUGAGAAAAGACAAAGACAUUCAAAGACUUGAAAACUUUCAAGAGAUUGAGGUAGUCACGGACACUACAAAUGUGUACAAGAGUAUGCAAAAUGCGAACGGUGUCGCAAGUAGUUUACUCGUUGCGCAGACUACGUUGCCGACUAAUGGAUAUCAAAGUAUAUCCAAGAAGGAUCAAACUAUUUUAUACUGAUCGCUUAUGAAAAGAUCCUUCCUUUCAAAUAUUUCCAAACUCUGACAUAUUAAUAAGAGAAACAAAAAGCUAUUUGUUAAACAAUAGUAUAUAUUCUAAUAUUAACAUUUUAAGUGCAAUAAUCGAAUGUGGAUUAUAUAAGAUGUGAUAUAUUUAAUGUUAAUUAAAUUAAUAUGUUAAAUUAAUAUUACAAAUUUAGAAUAUAUUCUAAAUUUGUAUAUAUAGCAAAUUUAGAAAUAGUGAAUUUUUGUAAUUGUUUUUUACUAGAAUUAAAAUGAUUAAAGCAUAA